CACAAACUAAUGUUAUCUUGGCACAUGGGAUUGCAGUGAAUUUGAAGUUGGUGAUGUCAUUCCAUGCAUGGAUGAGACGCGUAAGAGGAGGCUGUCGGAAAAGACUUUGGGGGAGAUCCCUCAAACUUAAAGUCAAUCUGUGCGGCUUAAAUACAACUUCUCACCGGCCCGAACACUUAUGACAGACGCACAGUCAAAUGUUCAAUCUGUAUUAUGUGUUUGCGAGGUCUGUCAUCUUUCUACAAGCCGACAAUGAACAUACAAAGUUGAAUUCCAAAAUGGUUGCAGAGGUUGUUGUUGCACUGUUGGCUGUUGUCAUGUCCCCCCAGUGCCUGUAGUUGUGCUGUAAGAAGCCUCGCAUCCGAUGACUAAACCAACACCCCUUCUCCUUGUGUACGGCUAGUUUUAUUUCAAUAAUCGACAAAGAUGUGCCUGUAGGAUUCGUAUAAAAUUAUAUGCAUGCGUUAAAAAGUAAUUCCGCUAGCGGAGGGUGGAUAGGUAGAUGCUGAAUAGCCCCGUUAGGAGCAGUAGCCGUCGACCGUAUGAAAAGAUAAGCGUAGCUUGUUUAGCACAGGCCGCAGCGACCGGAGGCUGAGCGGCUGCCGGGAAGCAUCGGACUCAAGUGAAGGCGGAACCCCGCUUAUUGCGGACUGGAAGGCGGGUGCCUCGUUACUCGACUCGGGGGGAUUCGGAAGGUUUCAGAGGCCAACGCUGAUGUUCCGGAGAGUUCCAGCCUUGGGAUGUAUGAAGGCAAACACAUCCACUAUUCGGAGGUGGACCACAAGCCUCUGUGCUCAUACAGUCCAAAGCUCUGCAAGCAGCGCAGGCUCAAUGGUUAUGCUUUCUGCAUCCGCCAUGUGCUGGAGGACCGAACUGCUCCCUUCAGGCAGUGCGAAUAUGUAGCCAAGUACAAUAGCCAGCGCUGCACCAACCCAAUACCCAAGGCUCAUGACCGCAAGUAUUGUAAUAGUCACCUUCAGGUUAUGGGUGUCCUUCCCAAGAAGGAGCGAAAGAAGAAACAAGAUACCAUCGAGUCUCUGGCCCUCAAUAUUACUGUUCCAUCCUUGGCUCUGAAGACCCACAACGGACUUGAGAUCUUACCUCCAUCCCCUCCACCAGCCCUGGUUUGUUUACUUCCCUCGGAUCCCUUUGCGUUUUGCAAGGAAGAAAAAAUGUUAAAAUCUAGUGGCGUAUUCUUGAAGAAACCUCAAGAAGGUCAAUCUCUGAACCAUAAACAGAAGCAGCAAGAUCACAGCGUGGACACAAACCAUCUCAGAACCUUCUCUCUUCCUUCAACCCUUCCACAUUCUUGUCUCCCUCCUCCUUUGACUGGAAGAACCACACAAACACCCAUAAUCCCCUCCUCCCCCGUUGCAGCAACUCCUACAGUUCGUUCAGGUUCAUUAUUCAAAACCUCAUCAAGUCUUCAGGACACCCAUCAGGGCUCAAAAGAUCCAACUGAUAACAAGAUUAAACUGGACCUUAAUCAUGCUUUUGACAAAAAGGUUGUCCCUGCAGCUUCAGGGAUGGCACCAUGUUGUGAUGACACACAAAGUCGAUUAAUCAAAAAAUGCGCUGUUGCCAUGCAACAACAAGCUCCAUGUUUGAAGAAGUUACAUAGAUUGAUGGACCAACACAAGGGGAGGUUUCAAGACCUGAACUCACAUUUAGGGCUUGACUGGUCAGAAGACAGCGACGAGGAAGAUGGAGACUGGAAACUUGUGUCAUAUCAGUGCCAUAGACUACAAGAGAAGCGCUCUGAGGAAAGUGGCAGCAGGUCCCGUGCUGAGCGUUUGGCAGGCUUCUGCUCGUACCUGAGACAGAAACACAUGCACCUUUGCAGGGAGCAGAGGGGCUUCAGGAGGGAGAGGAGAUCCCAGCAUGCUCUCCGUAAAGCCCUAGUGCAGGCAGCAAGAGAAGAACCUCACCAAACCGCACAGCUUAUUCAGGAACAACAUCAAGUGACCUCCACACCCUCCAGCAUUGCAGUACCGUUGGCUGGAGAUGACUCAGGGUUGUGUCAGGCUGUUGUGAAAGGUGAAAACUGCAGAAACUCAGCCUUACCAUUCACCAGGCACUGCUUUCAACAUAUCCUUCAGAACCGUUCUCAGCAGCUGUUCUCAAGCUGUACAGCUCGCUUUGCAGAUGGAGCUCAGUGUUCCAUCCCUGUCUUUGACAUCACGCACCAGACGCCGCUCUGUGAUGAGCAUGCCAAGAAAAUGGAUAAUUUCCUCAGAGGUGACAUCAGCCGGAGAACGUACCACCACCACCAGCAGAUCCAGCGGCACAGGCCACUAAAAAAAGCCAAGCCUCCAGCACUCAGUAAAAAGCAUAAGAAGAAAGGCAAGAGAGUAACACCGAGGCGCCCUCAGAAACCCAUCCCUCCUGCUCUGCCCCAGGGUAAUUUGGCAUUGCCUUCUAUCCUGUGCCUGCCUACUCAGUCCUCUGGCAUAAGGAGCCCUUUAACACCCGAUUUAAGUGCGGACGAAUUUCCGGAUGACAUCACCAAUGACAUCAGUGACAUUCCACAUGAUCUGGAGUUGAAUCAGGAGGAUUUCUCUGAUGUUCUUCCUCGACUCCCUGAUGACCUGCAGGACUUCGAUCUUUUUGAAGGUAAGAACGGUGAGCUGUUGCCCACCUCUGAGGAAGCCGAGGAACUGGUUCGCGUUCUGCAGGCCAUGGGCUCCUACCCAGAAUCCCUUGCAUGUCUAAGCGGAAUGGCCGAGCUCGGUCCUGUUGAAGGAGUAGACUGUCGUAGCAUGCCGGGUGGAGUGGUGGAUCUACUAAGCGCGCGGUUGUCUGCUGAGACGCUUUCCAGCCUGGAGCUGGACCCUAGUCUGCUCCCCACUUCUGAAGACGCUUUCCCUCCAUCACCACCAUCACCACAACCCCCCCUCACUCCUCCAUCCUCCGUGGGACAUCUCACAGACAGCACGUACACACAGAGGCAGCCUCACCUCCUGGCCAAGAUGGAGGACUCUAAAGCAGAUUUGGUUCAUCUUCCACUUGGCAAAGAUGAAGACGUCUCUCACGGCUCUUGGGGCGUUCUUGCUCUCUCCCUCAGUGAUUCCUCCCAGUUUCACAGCCUUAUCACCUCAGAUGGUCUGCUGAUGCCCACAAGUCUUUCAACACCCUGUCAGCCUAGUUCGGCCCUCUCUGCUUUGCCUCAAAGCAGUCAGACUCACUCCACAUCCACAUCACCGACGUCCCAAACCAAGCACCUUCCUCCUUCUCCCACUGUUCAAGCACUAUGGGAUCCCAGCAGACUUACAGCCGCACCAUAGUACACCGGCGCCACCUUUGGACCAGGCCUGAACUUCAGGCAGAACCAAUUAUUUGCUAUAGUCAGUGUUCAGGGAACAUGUUGCAGGUGAUUUUCUUUUUUUCCUCAAAUGUCAGGGUCAUUGUGUUCGUCUUUUCAAUCCUCCGCACCUUUUUUCCCUCACAACGAAAGAACAUCAAGCAAUAAACUUCCUUGUCGGCUUCAGAAAUAGUUGGAAAAAGCAAGCAUAGUCGGAUUUUAGCCAUUAAUCUCACUUGUAUCCUUAAAUGCAUAUUUAAUAUAUUUAUAGAGUAGCAGUCUGCACAACUAGUUUUAUCGAUGAGUGAACAAAUGUGUGGUGAAAAUGUGGUUCUUGUUUAGAGGUAACGGGCAAACACAACGGGGAAAAGAAAGGUGUCAUGGUCGUAUCACUAUUUUGUACCCGUGUGAUGGCUCAUUGUUUUGGCAGAUGGUGUUUAUGUGCUUUUAGUAGCCGUUAAACUUAUGGGGUCUUGCUCUGAGUGGAAGUGCCUGCCAUAAAAGCUGUGUAACACCUUUUAUAAUCAGUGUAUCGCAAAUCAAGGAAAGUAUACAUUUAGUUACACAUCACACACUUCGUAAGAAUCUGUAAAUGCACAAUUUCACUUUUGAAAACGAUCGAAAGUGGCAUUUACUGCCUGUUUUUGACUCGUCAAGCUAGUCAUUACUUUCUCACGUUACUGUAAUGUUACAUGAGGGUGUUAAAAGUCAAUUCUGAGUGUUCGAUGUGUUUAGCUGGUGGCAGUUGUGGGACAUAAGCUAUAGUCAGUUAUAUUGUUAUGGCUUUUAAAGAGCGUAGUUAUGAUGCCUUCACCCUCAUGUCAAGCCAAGUCUGCAUUUUCAUGUCCUUCACAGAUGCUUUCCUACCAAAGCGGCUUCGAAGUAAGCCUCUUUUUAUGUCCACAUCAGAAAAUAUCUAUAUAUCAGUAUAUCGAAUUCAACGAAUAUAAUGAAAUUACAUUUGGGGCUUUUAAAGAAAACAGCAACGUUUAACCUUGAUUCGAUGUCAUUAUGAAUGAAUGAUGAUUAUAUGAAAUUACGGUUUGGGUAGACUUGCCGUUGUACCAGAUAAUGCUGCUUUUACCAACAGGCAUACUGACAGAUGUCCUUGCACACCGAGGGUCGUCUCAUAUACCUUUUUAUACUUAUUCACUGAAUGUAUCAAGUCAACUAAAAAGUUUAUUAUAACCUAUUAAAAUGUUAUGGUCCUCUCUUCUUUGUUCAAGGUAUUUUUAUGUAUCGAUGCGUUUACUUUUGUUACUUAAGUGCUUGGAUGUGGGUGUGUGUGUAGACAAUGUGUAAGAGAAAUUCUAUUUGUUUUAUUUGAAACGUGUGAAUUAAAACUGCUAUGACCAUGA